UCAUCAUGCAAUCCCAUCAAGAAGAAGAUUUAUCAGAUCCCGAUUUACAGGAUGAAGAAAGUGGAGAAGAGUUACCACAGCAGCCACACGCUGGACAUAGUACUACACAUCAGAAUCCUUCGGAACCACCGUCUAUAUCGACCAACACAACUCCCACACCUUUGACAAAUCUCAACACACUCAUGAAUACCCAUCAUCCACAUUUUCUAGCCAAGUUAAAGAUGGAGGCUGAUGUCGAUAUAUUAAACAACAAAAGUGGAUUGGAGGCGUUACAAGCGGCAAUGGGUAGCGGUGGUUUCAGUUUACCAUUUACAUUUCCACCAACAUUUUUACCACCCCAACACCAUGGACAAAACAAUCACGCGCAAAGUGGAUUGGUACCAUCUACGUCAUCGGCGGCCGCAGCCGCCGCGGCCGUAGUCGCCUUGGGAUCUGGAUUAGGAGCAGGAUUAGGACCACCAGGACUAAACACGGCAACCGGGAGCAACAUUAAUCAAGUGGCUACAUCAUCGUCUAGCUCGCACUCGAGCGAAUCAUCGCAUUGCAGUGGAAAAACUGGAGGAGAAGGACGGGAUCAUUCUACUGGUAAUAGUCAUUCCCACAACGCUAGCAGCAACAAUAACAACAACAACAACAACAACAACAACAACAACAACAACAACAAUAACAACUCAACGUCUAAUCAUCAACAACAAACGAGUUGGAGCUUCGAGGAGCAGUUCAAACAGGUGCGUCAGUUGUACGAGAUCAAUGACGAUCCUAAACGAAAGGAAUUUCUUGACGAUCUCUUCAGUUACAUGCAGAAACGUGGAACACCGAUCAAUCGGUUACCGAUUAUGGCAAAAUCAGUAUUGGAUCUUUACGAACUAUAUAAUCUUGUGAUCGCUCGUGGCGGUCUGGUCGACGUUAUAAACAAAAAGCUCUGGCAGGAAAUCAUCAAGGGUCUCCACCUGCCUUCUAGCAUAACUUCCGCCGCAUUUACUCUUCGCACUCAAUACAUGAAAUAUCUCUAUCCAUAUGAGUGCGAAAAACGACGAUUAUCAACUCCUGCGGAACUUCAAGCAGCAAUCGACGGUAAUCGUCGCGAAGGCCGCAGGAGCAGUUAUGGGACAUAUGCUGCUGGAGGACCAGGUAGCGAAGGCUUGGUUCAAAGAAAUCCACCAAACUCGUUGGGGAUGCGGGCCCAAAUGUCACCAUUAUCAUUGGUGACAGCAGUCGCGGGACAUCACGGAGCUGGACAGUCAUUGGUUAAUGGACAUUCAGCUCACACAAGUAUGUCUCAUCACCAUCACCACCCUCAUCAUGCUCAACACCCCCAAGGACCAUUGAGCCAACCGCCAACCUUAUCUAUGACAAAUUUGGCGCCGUCCGAAUUUGAAGCGCGUAUGGUGGAAUACGUAAAAUUAUUAAACAAAGAAUUAAGAAAUGCAGGAGCAGGCACUCCUCCACCAAUGAUAAAUCGUCAAGGAAGUUCAACACCACCUUCGUCGACCCCACCUAAAGAUACUAAUACGAGCGGUUAUGAGAUGUCACGGUUAACCUUAUGGGGAAUGUAUGGUAAUAAUAACCCCAUCUAUUCGGCAGUAAUACACCAACCACCAUUAUCACCACAAACGUCACAAUCUCCGUUACAACAUAUAUCAAGCCCUGAACCUCAAAGGGAAGCAUUAGAUCUUGGACUUAGGUCGUCACCCGCAUGUUCCUCACCGUCUGGACCAAGUCCCCUUUCAUCUGGCAGCAGUUUUCAUAUUAGGAAGGAUAAUGAACAAGGACCACCAGCCGCUAAAAGAUUACUAUGCGAAGAGGAUAACCCACCUGAUAAAAACCCUUCUAUUACAGGAACUCACAUCAAGAUUUGCAAUCGAGAUGGGAAAAAUGGUGAAAAUUCCCUAGUGGUCAGCGUAGAACUGAACGGUGUCACAUAUCAAGGAGUACUAUUCGCCCAAACGGAUUCGAAGAAUACCACAUCGUCAUCAUCAUCAUCAACAACGACGUUGACGCAUAACGAAAACGGGAAAACAACACGGAGCAUUGCAUCGUGAAUGCGUUAUAUUACAAAUAAUAAAAAUAAUUUAGGUUAACUUCAAGUUUUUGUUGUAUAAUGUAAGUUCAUAAUAAUAAUAAUAAUAAUAACAACAACAACAACAACAAUAAUAAUAAUAAUAAUAAUAAUAAUAA